GCAGGCUCCUAAUUUAUUUCUCCAUGAUUUAACGUAGGCGUAUAUCCUACCACUUUCGAAAAAAGAAAAAAGAAGAAAACAAAAAAAACACUAUAGGCAAAAUUUAACACCAUAGAUUUCCUUGCAUAACAAUGAUAAGAACAGAUUUUCUAGCUUUGCUCUGAAAAACCAAACAAAUCAUUUGGGUGUACGAAUUGGCAUUCGAGAUGAUCCCGUACACUAUUUCCCUUGCAGGAUUUACAAUGUAGGCGUGUGUUUGCUGUAUGCUGUUUGAGAAGAUGGGUUGAAUGUAGUUCGCUUAAUUCCGUCUUUCUUGAAAAUGACAUAAUUUAGUAACACAACCAUGCGAAGCAGAAGUAAUUCGGGUGUACGACUUGAUUACUACCAUCGUCUGGUCACAAAAACCAUCAUUUCUCACCAGCAUCCUGUCACUGGUUUACUGCCAGCAAGCACCGUGCUCAAAGAUGCCUGGGUACGAGACAACGUGUACAGUGUCAUCUCGGUCUGGGGAUUGGCACUGGCGUAUAGGAAGCAGGCAGAUCUGGAUGAGGACAGAGCCAAGGCCUACGAGUUAGAGCAGCACGUAGUAAAACUCAUGCGGGGCCUGCUGGUGAGCAUGAUGAAGCAGGUGGAGAAGGUUGAAGCCUUCAAGAAGACCCAGAGCCGCAAGGACUGCCUGCACGCCAAGUACGACAUCCAGACGGGCGACACCUGCGUUGGGGACCACGAGUGGGGCCACCUGCAGAUUGAUGCAACGUCCCUGUACCUACUGAUGCUGGCCCAGAUGACUGCUUCAGGACUGCAGAUCAUAUUUUCUCUCGAUGAAGUAGCCUUUAUCCAGAAUCUGGUCUUCUAUAUAGAGCAUGCCUAUCGGAUACCUGAUUAUGGAAUUUGGGAAAGAGGAGACAAGACAAACCAUGGCUUCCCUGAACUGAACGCCAGCUCCAUUGGAAUGGCAAAGGCAGCCAUGGAGGCACUGAAUGAACUAGACCUGUUUGGAGCCCGGGGAGGUCCGGCCUCUGUCAUUCAUGUCCAGUCCGACAUGAUUGCCAAAUGCCAGGCAGUCCUGUACUCCAUGCUCCCCAGGGAGUCUAACUCAAAGGAGAUAGACGCAGGUCUGCUCGGAAUCAUCGGCUUCCCUGCCUUUGCCGUCGACGACGAAGCCCUUGCCAACACGACCCGCCAGCAGAUCAUUGACAAGCUCCAAGGGAGAUACGGAUGCUGCAGGUUCCUGCGAGAUGGGUACAAGACAGCCCUGGAGGAUCCCAACCGACUGUACUACGAUCCAGCUGAGCUGAAGGUCUUUGAGAACAUCGAGUGUGAGUGGCCGUUGUUCUGGGCCUAUCUCCUGAUCGAGGGCGUAUUCAAGGGGAACAAGGAGCAGGCGGACGAGUAUGCCGAGGGCUUACGAGAGACCCUGGUGCUGCUCAGUGACUCCACCAAGGUGGUGCCUGAACUCUACUAUGUGCCAAAGGACAAGGUGGCGCUGGAGUACAAGAACCCCCACAGUCAGGACCGGUUGCCCGGAGGGAAGAUCCCUCACAUCUGGGGCCAGUCCUUCUACAUCCUGGGCCUGCUGCUCCAGGAGGGCUUUGUGGCUCCGGGAGAGGUGGACCCCCUCAACAGACGCAUGUCCAUGGAGCCCAAGCCAGACCUGGUCAUACAGGUCUCCUUAGUGGCCGAGGACAAACUGAUAAAAGAACUGAUGAAGAAGCACAACUUUGACAUUCAGACAAUUGAGGAGGUCUCGCCAGUUCGUAUCUAUCCAGCACGUGUACUCACUCGCUUAUGCAAGAGACUAGGAGAGAACAAGAAAUUGGGUCUCUCAGGGAAAGUGUCCAAGGAGAACGGUCUGCUGACCACCAGCAAACUCUACAACGUCCGGGGGGAGAUCCUAGCAUUUGUUCCCCAGUUCAUGGAUCAGCAACAGUUUUAUUUAGCCCUUGAUAACGACCUGCUAUCGGAUAUCUGCAAGACAGACGUGGCUUACCUCCGUCACAACUGGAGGGAAAUUGGACGGCCGACCAUCACCUUCAUCAUCACACAGACCAUGAUGGGAUUGCGCAAACGGAAGAAAAAGGUGACCAACCCGCCAAAUAAUGAGCAAGUGGGCGAGGAGCCCCAACCUGAGGAGACACAGUGGGAACUUUACCCAGCCGGAGAGCAUGGUAUGCUGGGUAGUGCCAUGUGGGCUGUCAUCCGCAAGAUCAAGACAGGCUACCUGAACGGCGUGCAGGUCAAGAUGGGUCAGCUGCACGAGUUUCUCAGCACGUCCUGCAUCAAACACCUCAGCUUCCUUGAGACGAUGGACCAGGAACAAGACAUGCCCAUUGACCAGUACUUGGAGUCCCAGCUCCAACAGACCUGCCCCGUGCCCUUCCUGCCCCCUGUGGUGGAGGCCAAAGAGGGCCAGACCCCGCUGACCUCGCAGUCCUCUGAGGAGCACGUGGCCGGGAUAAGCAAGACCCGCAAGAUGUCGGUCACAGGAAUUGUUCAGCGGACCCGCUCCAUUGACCUGGGAGCUGGCCAAAUGGGUUCACGGAGCAGCAGUAGGGGCCUCUUCCGACAAGAGGAGGUCCAGGAAUUGCCCAGCAUAAUCGAGCAAGAUCAGGAAAAUGUCCCCAGCCCCUCCUCCGAGCAAGAAUCACUGACUUGGUUCGAAGCAGUCAAAUCACCCAGUAAGCUGAGCAGAAAGCCGUCGUUCCAUCUCUUGCCAGAAGAUUUUGCCGACUUCCCCAUGAAGCGCACAGCAAGCUGGAGUGAAGAUAAGAUGGUUGUGGAUAUGUACAAGGGGCUGAAUUCCAAGGAUCUGCUGGCCCAGCUGUCUGAGUCCAUGUCUCUGAGUGAUCAGGCUGACAUCCUGCACUUUCUCUAUGUGGAAGAAGGCCUGGACUGGGACACUAAGCUGAGCCAGAGAGUGGACCAGAAGGUGACUGUCAAGACCUUGAUGGAAGAACUGUACUACAAGAGUGCCCACUACAAGGCCUGGUCAGUGGUCCGCCACACGGCCGGCAUCCUGGAGAAAAAGGUGGAGAAUCUGGCCCAGGCCGUGACGGAGCUCCUAGUAAGGCAGAAGCAGGUGUCAGUGGGCAUCCCCCCCGAGCCCCGGGAGAAGAUCAUCGUGGCCCCGUUGCCGCCCAAGAAGCUCCACAGGGUCAUCUCGGAGGCCUGCGGGGAAGAUAAGAGUUCGGCCGUGCUCACCCAGGAACUACUGGUGUAUCUGUCCAUGUUCAUACGGACUGAACCCAAGCUCUUCUACGAGAUGUUGCGUAUCCGAGUCGGCCUCAUUAUGCAGGUCAUGACCUCUGAACUAGCACGCACCAUGGGAUGCCAGGGGGAUAAAGCCUAUGAGCACCUGAUGUCUCUCAGCCCCUAUGAGAUGAAGGACCUCCUUCAUCACAUCCUCAGUGGCAAGGAGUUUGGCGUGGCAGCAGCGAGUUCCAAGUCAGUCGGCAUUGGAGAGAGACAGCUGUCUAUCGUCAGUGCCCAGAAGGACGAGAUCAUGGGUCUGUCACAGAUCAAGCGCCAGUUGACGUCCAAGUCCAUGAGUCUCCGAGAUGUCGAGUUGGAAGAGGAUGUGUUCCAGGAGAAAGUGGGCCAGUGGCUGCGGCGGCGUCGACUGGACGGUGCCCUCAACCGCGCACCGCCAGAAUUCUACUACAAGGUCUGGAAGAUUCUUGAGAAGUGCCAUGGGCUGAGCAUUGAGGGGUACAGCCUCCCCCAUCACAUGACCCGGGAGAUGACGGAGAACGAGUUCAAGUUUGCCCUGCAGGUGGAGACGGCACUCAACCGCAUCCCCCAGCCCGAGUUUCGGCAGCUGGUGGUGGAGGCCCUCAUGGUCCUAUCCCUGGUCGUGGAGAACGACUGGCUGAGCAACCUGGGGGCCAUCAUUCAGGUGGAGGGGCUGGUCAUCGAGGCCAACGAGAUCUUCCUUAGAGAUCAGCGCCGGAAGAGAUUGAGGACAAAGUCGAUGGACGCAAGUGCCCAAACCAACCUGAAACCCACAUUUCCAAGUUCGGAAGGUUUGCAGAGGGCGGAGGCCAAGGGAACCAGCCUUGGCCCUGAUGCCCAGUCGUCCGCAGCCCCAUCAUCUAGACUGCGGCGUUCCCGGAGCAGUUCCGUCGGAUUUGAAAUGCAGGAGAUGGAGGUCAAAGGUGACGCCACACUGUGCUGUGCUGUGGAUCAGCCCCGCCCCACGCCACUGGCCUGCGGGGGCGUGGCUGGCAUCUGUUGUCACUUCUACGACAGCGCUCCCAGCGGCAUCUACGGCACCAUGGCCUACCUGGCCAAGGCAGGGGCCAAGAAGCUGAGUUUCCACCACCAGUUCGACGAGAACGCUGAGGUGGACUGCAGGGUCAGCUGAUGGCUCGCCGGAGGUUGAACACCCCUGAUGCCUCAAAGACUUUUGAGUCUACAAUUGGUAAUAUACACCCACUGCCGUGUUGCUGCAUUGAGACCCCUAACCUCAAACCUACCUCGAGAUCAGACGGCCAAUCCGAAUAAUGAGUGUUGAGUAAUCGCAGGAAGCCCUUUAUCUUGAGCCUUGGGGCCCUAGCUGCCCACACCUUGUGGCUGAGCGUAGUUCAGUUUUGUUCUGCAAAACUUAUUUUCCCACCCAAAACACCAUACAAUGUGUAUUGCAUGUGAUCUGGCAGACGACUGAUAUUUUUUCCCGUUCAGAUUUUCAAUUUUAUGAGCACUGUUUGCAUGAAAUUGGGCAGAAGCCACAGGGCUGCAGCUUCAAGUAACAUAUUCACCUAUGGAAGUUGCCAGUUGAGGAUUUAUCUAUUUCCCCCAUAGUUGUGAACAGGGUAGACAUAAACCUGAAUGAUAAAAGAGAAAAAAAAAAGAAACCGCUAAAGGAAAAAUAGCUUGACUUUACCUUAGAAUUGAUCACCUUCGACCAUUUAUGGUCUGUCAGUUUGCUGCUCAGGAGGACUUUGCCCCCCCCAAUCCUGGCAAUGUAUUGUCCUGGCAAUGCCAAUUGUUAUGUUACUUCCAGUUGUUAUUGCUUGUUAUCACGCUUCUUACCAGAAGCAGGUAUGUAUGUGUGUUCCUUAUGGAAUAAACAUCACCUUUAACUAUCACAUUAACUAUUCAUAAAUACCUAAGAUAGUUUAGCCAUUCCUUUUGUUUGAGAGCCAACGGUUAAUAAAGCACGGUCUGGUUAUGUGCCACCUUAUGCAGCAUAUGUCAUGCAGGCACCAAACUCCAUACACGGAGACAGAGAUUGUUUGUGACUACUUGUGAAAGGAACAUACCAUAACGAGAGGGGUGUCUGAAAAAAUGAAGUGGAAAAAAAUUGUUGGACAAAAUCGGUUCAAAUCGAUAAUUUUUAAAACUUCUUUUGACAGAAAUGGAAUUAAUGAAGGGGAAUAAAUAUGUGCUCAGCCGGAGUGUUAGUUGAAGACUGGCUCAUGAGAUUGGACACCGAUAAUAUCCCUCCUUUUCAGCUUUUGCAUUAUCAGCAUCUAUUCUCCUGAUCCCGUCUUAAGACCGGCCAAGCACAAAUUUACUCCUACAGCAACUGACACAGUACUUAACAGUUUCUACAAUAAGAGAUUAACUUUCAGAUGUUACGGCCUAGGUUGUGUUGUUCGUGUCACAAAUUGCUUUGUUUGCUGCCUUUUUGGGGGGGGGGCUUUGCGGUUUCCAAUCAUUAAAUCUCUCUGUUUUGUCACAAAUUUUAGGUUUCUAGAUGGACAUGUUAACAAGUGUGCUCAUAAUGGACCCAGUUUAAUCAGCAUGUUUGGCCGCAUAACUAUGACUAAAUUUGGGAUUGAGGUAAAAGGACUGUUACUUAUUUGUGUGUGCACCUGUAGAUACUGAAAUAUUUGUUUAUUGAAUGAGAUACAAAGCCUUUCUGCUGUUCUUAAAAGCCCUUUUCAUUUUAUGACCCGAGAUGCAUCAAUUUCAUGUAAUUUUCAUGUUCUUUGUAAAUUUCGAACCACAAAACAAUCACCUUUGGAUUGCCAGUGUUUUGGCUUUUUUAAACAUGGCCAAAGUAAGCUGUAGUCCAAUAUGGACAGAAUUCAAAAUUGGAUACAGUUACCAUUGCUCCAUCUGGCAUUAAUAAGAAACAUUUUUGACUCUGAGGAUCAGAAAAUGUUCUAAAUAACUUUAGAUGAUAAUAACUACUUGUCUUAGUUUUCCAAACCGUGUCGCUUCUUGCGGAUUGGAAAUGGGCAACAGAUUGGUUUAAUGAAACAGUUGGAGUGGGGCUUGCCACCAACCGAAGGAACCUUCCCUGAGGUCUGAAGACUUUAUUGUCCACAGGUGGACGCAUCAUACUAAUGAGCAACUGAGAUGCAUUGAGGAAAGGAAUUUAGUUCCCCCCUCUGAUUUGCCUCAUUAAUGCCGUAUUUUGAGGCAAUUACGGCCGUAUUCUGACUUGGGCUUAAAUUUGCACCUGCCAACAAACUCGUGCUGUCAGGAUGGACGGGUGGAACAAGAGGGAAGUGUUGGUUUCCAACAGUAUGACAAAAAGAAUGGUUCCUGUUUAUUCUUGUGAGCCUUUUACAUUGUACUGGAUUUCAACGGCCAUCAUGGGUGUCUUGGGGGGGGGAGAGUUUCACUCCCUCAUCCCAGGAAAAAUUUCACUUUCUUUUAGGAAAAAAAACGGUAAAGGAAGCAAGAAGAAAGGACAAAGGAAAGUUCCCUUGAAAAUUCCUUGGAUAUGACCCCCAUCUACUGUUUCAGGUUUGUCAGUCUGUCACUACUGAGCGCUUUGCCCUUCUCAGAAAGAGCUCUGCCACCUUUCUAGUGAUGCCCAUGGUGGCCAUUGCAAAAAGGGGGCGGAGGCUCAUAUUUUUGGAAGGGUCAGGUUGCAAGUUACAUGAGGUAUUGUGGAUGGAUGUGCAUCGUUUUUAUAAUCAGGCGUUGUACGAUUUUUCGUUUAAAGGAACACCUGUGCUAAUCUACGCACUGUUAUUCAUUUUGGGUGAGUGUGAAGAGAUAUUUCAUUCAUGUGUGAAGCUGUGUAAAAGGUGUAUUUUUAUGAACUCAGGUUUAUGAUGUUAGAUGAGUAUGUAGUGCAAGUGCAUGACCAGGGAAAACUGAAGGUGUUUUUAUGAGGGCCAUGACUGGCAACUCCACCAUAGGCCUACUGCUGAAAUAAGUAUUGCUAAUGAGUGUUAACAUCUGUUUUGUUCAACCACUUGAAUCCUAGCAGUUGCCUAUUAUGGUAGGCAUUUUUAGUAAUGAUUGUAGUGGUCGAAAACACUUUGAAAGCUUUGUUGUACUUUUUAAAUGUAUCUGAAACCAAAGAAAUUUAUGCCGUGUUAUUUCUUGGUUUUAGAAUGCCACCUCUUCUCCAUAAAAUUGCCAAAUAUUGUCAGGUGUGUGUUUUAGAAUACAUUUAUCUGGUGAUCCACGUAAAGUACUGACAUGAUUUCAAGUUUAUGCAUAUUUUGCAAAUGUAUACAAGUAAUUAGUUGACUGCAUUAUUUGUUCCUUUGAGAAAACAAUAAAUAUGUGAAUAGAGCUUUGGAAUGCAUUAUGAUGUCACCAGGUAA